AUGGUCCUUGUCAGAUCUACCGCAUUGUUGGCCUGUAUAUCUUUGGCUUCUGCGUUGAAUCUUCAAAACCUAUUUGGCAAUAACCUAGAUCUCCAGAAUGAAGGCAAUGAAGAAAACGCGUACUUUAACCGUCUUAUUGCAAAGGCAGUGAAAAAGAGAGAUUCUGUUGAACAAGGUGCUGCUGCCAACGAUACAGUCAUCUCUACUACUUCUUCAGUGCAACAAUCCAGUAACCUCGGAGAUGCCGUGGCUACCACUCUCUAUGUUCUGGCCUCUUCAACCACAUCUCAAGAAUCAACCUCAGAAUACACAACAACUUCUGGCUCUGAAACUUUGGUAGUCGAUGGCACUACCACUUCAACUCUUUCUGAUUCCAGUUCAACUUCUUCUGAUACCACCACCACAACAUCUGCUUCAGAAACCACUUCCAGUACCCCUUCAACAACCACAACAGUGGAAGCCACCACUUCUUAUCCAAGUACCGCCACAUCUUCAUCUUCUGAGGCUACUACUUCAUCAUCUGUUGCUGCUACCUCUUCUGAUGUUACUACCUCCUCUACCGUGGCUGCUACCUCUUCUGAAGCUACUUCAUCAUCUGUUGCCGCUACCUCUUCUGAAGUUACUUCUUCCUCUACUGUGGCCGCUACCUCUUCUGAUGUUGCUUCUUCCUCUUCAAUCGCAGCUGCUACCUCUUCUGAUGUUGUUACCUCCACUUCAGCCGCAGCUGCCACUUCCUCUUCUGAAGUUGCCUCUACUUCUUCUGUAGCCGCUACUACUUCUUCCUCUGUGGCUACCUCUUCUGAAAUCGCUUCCACUUCAUCUGUGGCUACCUCUUCUGAAAUCGCUUCCACUUCCUCUGUGGCUACCUCUUCUGAAAUCGCUUCCACUUCAUCUGUGGCUACCUCUUCUGAAAUCGCUUCCACUUCAUCUGUGGCUACUUCAUCUGAAAUCGCUUCCACUUCAUCUGUGGCUACUUCAUCUGAAAUCGCUUCUACUUCAUCUGUGGCUACUUCAUCUGAAAUCGCUUCCACUUCAUCUGUGGCUACCUCUUCUGAAAUCGCUUCCACUUCAUCUGUGGCUACCUCUUCUGAAAUUACUUCUUCAUCUGUGAUUGCAACCUCUUCUGACUUAACUGCGUCGUCCUCUGCAAUCGCCAGUUCAUCAGUAAUUUCAAGUUCUUCUGAAACUGCUACCUCUUCAGUGAUUCCAACUUCCUCAGAGACUGCAUCCACUUCCGUGAUUGCCACCUCUUCAGAUGUUUCCUCCUCUGUAACUGCGUCCACUUCGGAAGUCGCUAGCUCUUCUUCUGCUCUCACCGCUUCUUCAUCAGUGACAAUUCUUAGCAGCGAAACAGCUUCAUCAUUGGCAUCCACAAGCUCUUUGCCUACCACCACUGAUUCAUCUAUCGCCAUUACAUCUACUGCUAGUGUAGCCUCUAGUGAACUUUCUUCAUCAAGUAUUGUCUCUUCUAGUGCAGCAACCGGGUUGAGUAGUACUGUUAGCUCAAUCGAUACUGCUUCUAUUUUGUCAACUGAAGCCUCAAGUGCUGCCGUCACUACCUCUAGUGCCUCAAUGAGCACUUUAUCCAGCGUUAUCUCUAAUACUAUUAGUGAAAGUUCCAGCGCUCCUACUGUCUCUUCUGCCAUCGGAGUGUCAACUUCUGAACUCUCCAGUACUACCAUUCUUGGCUCCACUUCUGUUAACAGUGCCGCUACUUUGACUACUGAUACCGCAUCUUUCAGUUCAUCCUCCAGCGCCAUUACUGUUGCUCCAAGCUCUACCAGUUCCAGCCAACAAUCGGUGGUGAUUUUCUCACCAUCUUCUGGUACUUUUGUGGCCACCACCGUUGCCCUUUCUAGUGCAUUGGCCUCUAAAUCAUCUCAAACUACUACUAUUGGCACCUCGUCUUCUAGUUCCAAUUGGGUUCCAUCAUCAAUUGAAUCUGAUACCACUUCUGCUACUUCUGCUAGUGCAACUUCUAGUACUCCUCAAUUGCCAAAUGCCAUUGCCCCAGCUACUCAAAUGGAAGUUUCUGAAAACUACACCAUUAUCACCAUUGGUUUCAAAGCAGGCUUGAACUAUCCUUUUGUCGUUGCUCACUCUUUAGCCUCGGCUCAAGUGUUCCAAUACUUGCCAUCCACUUUAUCUUAUCAAUUCAGUGAUACUUCUAAAGUCAGUGUCAAACAAUUGGUGCCAUUCCAAUCUCCUUCUUUGAACUAUAUCGUGACAAUUGCCGAAGUUUAUUUCCCAAAAGACUGGAUCUCGGCUUUGAACCAAUCUUUGCAAACUCCAUCAUCCAGCUUUUAUUAUAAUCCUGAUGCCACCGAAAACUCCUUGGCCCAAUUGAUCGAUGUGAAUAUUCCAUUAGUGGGGCUUGAAACCUCGACUUCGACUUCUUCGGCGGCCACUGCUCUGGAUACUUCAGUUGUCCAAGUCUCCGGCUCAAGUGAAGGGUUACCAUCUUCAUCUUAUGGAUCUUUCGACUCUGUUCAAGAUUCUGCCGCCACCGCUAACAAGAAAUUGGGAGUCGUUGGUACCACCUCGGGUAUUUCUGCCGCUGUCUACAUUAGUGUGUUGUUGGUGGGUUUCAGAAUCUAUAAACAACGUAAAGGUGCCUUACCUUUCAGUACCGAACAACAUGGUAAUAUCAUCUUACCAUUGGCGGAAGAAGACGCUGAAUCGAUCGCCACUGCUGAAAAAGCGGCCAUGGCGGAAGAAGAAAAGAAAGUUCUUGUUAACCCAGCAUACUUGCCUGCAAACCACUCAUUAGAUAGAAGAAUGAGUUAUGCUUCGUUCAGAUCAUAUCUAACAAAUAGUGGUGAUAGUGAAUUCAAUGUUGCUCCAGGAGUGGUAACGGAAGAAGUUUACGGGUUUGAUGAAAGUAGUGAAGAAGAAGGAAGUGACGAUGAAUAUUACAACAGUGACGAAGACGAAUGGGAUAUGCUUGGAAGAGAAGGAAGAGAAGACGAAGAAGAUGUUGCCACCAUCAUUCCUCAAAUGACCAAUCCAUUGGAAGAAGGAUGGAUAUGA